AUGAUAAAUAAUAAUAGCUAAUUGAAUUUUUACCUAUUAAUCAUAAUUGUUAACCAGAAUGUUUAGAAUGUUAUAAUACAUAAUGUAUUAAAUGUUUGCCAUGUUGGAAUUUAUUUAAUUUUUAAUGUAUUCAAGAAUUAUUUGAGGAUUGCAAUACUUAAUCUACAAACAUUAAUUAAGUAAUUUGUGGAGAUGGUAUAAUUUAAGACUUUGAAUAAUGUGAUGAUGCAAAUACAAUUCCAUUUGAUGGAUGUUUUGAAUGUUAAUAUUAAUGUGACGAAAAUUGUAUUGAUUGUAUAGAUGGAAUAUGUUUAUAAUAAGAAUUAAUAAUAUUAGAUUGUGAUUAUGGAUUUCAUUUAAUUGAUUAAAAUUGCUUAUCUAUUUGUGGUGAUUUAAUUAUUGCAUCAGAUGAAAAAUGUGAUGAUGAUAAUAAUGAACCUUUUGAUGGUUGUUUUUAAUGUUAAUAUUCUUGUUCACUUUAUUGUAAGAAUUGCAUUGAAGGUUAAUGUAUGAUUUGUGAUAUUGGAUAUUUAUUAUAAAAUAAUAGAUGUUAAGAAUAUUGUGGAGAUGGAAUUAAAUCAUUUAAUGAAUAAUGUGAUGAUGGUAAUCAAUUCUCUUUAGAUGGAUGCUCAGAAGAAUGUUAAAUUGAGAAUUUAUGGAAAUGUAAUACGGAUGAGUAAGAAAUGAGUAUAUGUUUCCAAUCUGACAAUCCAAUUGUAGAAUUACAAUAUUUAAAUAUCACCUUUAAUAAGUAAUAUAUUUUAAUGACAUCUUCUUAACAUGUUAAAUUAAAAGAAAGCUAUGA